GGAAAUGCGUGCAGAUGUAAAGUGGAUUCUUGACAAAUUCAAAGAAAUCAUGGGAACAACUACACGAACGGAAACAUUUGUUAUGGACUGCGAACGAGCAGAAAGCGCGACUGUCCGUAUCACACACGGUCAUGCAAACAUUAUUUUGUGCGCCUUUCACGUAUGUCGCGCUUUCUGCAAAAAGGUACACUAAUGGUUGUUUACAUAAAAUUGCCCUUAGGCACACGACAAAAUAUUGAGAACGUACGUAAGUCGAUUGGUAACCGCAGAAAAGUUUGGAAGGUAUUUUUUAAAAUGUAUUUAUUCAGUAGAUUUAACCAAUAUUUCAGAAUAAUUAACCAGAGAGACAGACGAAUAGGCCAGUAUCUAUCUCGCUUUUGGAUGUCGCGUAAAAGUAUGUGGGCGCUUGCGUUUUAUAGCAGUCUUCUAACUCUGGGCAACAACACGAAUAAUAGUGUUGAGUCGCUCAACUGCCAAAUAAAAAGAUAUGUACGCAAAAUGGACAGUUUGCACAAAUGUAUAUACAAGGUUUUCAAAUGGAUUACAAUAACAUCGUCUAGAAGAAGUGUUGAAGAUACAAUAAUGGCCGGAAGAACCUGUAAAUAUGAUGUUCCACAGCGCAUACUUCCGUCGCUAAACAUGCUGACGCCCUUUGCACGUUUAAAAGUCUUAUACGAACUGAAGAAAAUGCGUUUUGCCUACGUGGAAUCUGAAAACGGUGACUGGUUGUUUACGGUUGACUGCGGACAGCAUUAUGAAGUGGAUGUAAGCACUUGUGAAUGCAAUUGUAGAAUAUUUGUUACGUGUCGAUAUCCUUUUCGAAAAGGCAUUUGAUAGCGUGGACAGAACAACACUAUGGAAACUUCUUCGACACUACGGCGUGCCUCAGAAG